GCAAACUCAAUAUCCAUCAUUUAAUUUCAGGAUUCUGCAAUCAAAUAUCAUCAGAUCGCAAAAAAGGAAGAAAGCUUCACUUUCUCUCCAAUUCUUAGUGGGUAACUCUCUGUUUCACCAUUCUCUUACACAUCUUUAUUGGGUUUCUUGAUCUUUCUUUUGUGACUUUCUUUUGGGUUUUACGAAAGUGAAAAGGAAAUUGUACAGAUACAUCUUUUUGUCUAAGUUUAGAUUAUUUAUAUUUGUGGGUGUGUGUAUAUUUGUAUAAAUUUUGUUGUGUUUCUUAGGAAAAUAUCAACAGAAACUGUAGGGGCUUUAUUCAAUUGAUUUCCUCUCAUUUUUCUGGGAAACCAAACGGGGUCUUUGUUGUUUUGUUUUUUGGUGGGAUCUUCUGUGAGAAAAAGUGAUUUCAAGGGCUAAGAUGGCAUGCGAGGCUAUGGAAUCAUGGGAAUUCAGUGGGUUAGUGGGUGCCUUUCUUGAUCUUGCUAUCACAUAUUUCUUGCUCUGUGCAUCAACUAUUGCUUACUUUGCCUCGAAAUUUCUGGGAAUCUUUGGACUUGGCUUGCCCUGUCCUUGCAAUGGACUAUUUGGCAACCCUAAUAGUAAUUACUGCUUGCACACACUGUUAUAUGAUUGCCCAAAUGAGAAAAUCUCUUCCCUUCAAUUGUCUGUGAAGACCAAGUUCCCUUUCGAUUCAAUUCGGAGGAAAGACCAUAAUUGCCAAAUGAAUUUGAAGUUGGUUAGGGGAAAAAGCAAUAAUGUUUAUGAGUGCGUUGAAAUGGAGGGUGAGGAAUCGUGUAGCUCGAUUUCGGAUGCCAGAAAGCCCCAGAAUUUGGUUCGGAGGGACUUGAUCCCAAGGAGUGAAUUGGCUCUAGGAUCUAGUGUAAUGAAUUUACCCAAUUUCAAGGACAGAGGGUUUGAUCUUAAGGGUAAGGGGAUCAUGAGUCAGAGGCCAAGGGGAGGUCUGAGGCGCCGUCGGAAAGGUGUUAGCGAUUAUGGGAGAAUUUCAUCUGCUUCGUCAUUUAACUCUUUACGGGCGGAUGUGCAAGGUGUUCCUGGUUCGCCUUCUAGUGUCAAUAGUGAAUUGAAUGAGGCCAUUGAAGGCAGAUCAGUACCUGUCGAUUCUGGUGGUGAUGGUGGUCGCUCUCACUGUAAUGAAGAUACCCGUGGGUUUGAUUUCAAUGAACCCCUGGAUGAAAUUAAAUCCAAAGAGCAGAAUGAUACAACUGUUGAGGAUAUAAAAAGUGAUGCAACAGGGGAGCUGGGGUUUGAUAAUAGUGAAAAAAAUGCAAUUAGAAUCCUAGAACAAGCACUUGGAGAUGGACAUGCUGCUUGUGCUGCGUGUGCUGCUCUUUAUGUUGAGCUUGACAAGGAGAGAAGUGCUGCUGCUUCUGCUGCUGAUGAGGCCAUGGCUAUGAUACUGCGUCUACAAGAGGAGAAGGCAUCUAUAGAAAUGGAAGCUCGGCAAUACCAAAGGAUUCUAGAAGAAAAAUCUGCUUAUGAUGCUGAGGAAAUGAAUAUUCUCAAAGAAAUCCUUGUGAGAAGAGAGAGGGAAAUGCAUUUCUUGGAAAAGGAAGUUGAAUGUUACAGGCAGAUGAUUUUUCUUAGAAAUGAGGAUUUACAAGGUAAUGUGCAAGAUAUGGAAUCCCAGAGACAAGAUUUUGCUUCUGCACUUGAUAUGGGUGAGGAUCCGGUCCUGAUGUUGCACCACCUUAGCGAAUCCAUUGACAAGAAGGAAAUAGUAAAAAGUAGUUCAGACGUAGGGGUCCUAUCUGUCAAUGAGCCAAACUCUGUCCUUGCUGUUGGAAAUGCAUUACCAGUUCCAGUUUUGGAUGAUGGUGCUGACCUUUUGAAGCAAGAGGAUGUAGAAGAACAGUUUUCAAUCACUUCAAGAAGCAGAAAUAUUCUCAACCAGGAGUUUCAGGAGAAGGGGAUGGUCUCAAUGGAUAAUGAUCAAUAUGCACAGCAAGGUGAGGGGUGCAGGUCGGAGACAUUUUCAGAGUCUUACAGGUCAAGUAGUUCCCAAGAAGGUUAUUUGCUUGAGAAAACCAUUCCCCUAGUAGAUGAUGAAGUACGAAAGGAUAAUGUAAAUCUAUCCCAAGGAAUGGCAACCAAGACUAUUGAAACUUGUAAUGAAACUGAGAUAUAUAUUCCGCAGGAUGGCAAAACAAUGGAGCAGCAUGCAAAAGAUACGGAGCCUCGUGUUCAUGAUGUUCAUGUUAUCAAGGAUGAAUCCAACCUGUGUAAGGGAGCCAGUGAAAACCAAAAUGAAUUGCUGUCAGUGAGUGAUACUUCAGAUGUUCAUAGAAAAAGUGAUCUCCCAUCUAGAGUUGCUGAUAUGAAGAAAAUUGGUAUUAAGAGUGAUUGUCAAAGUACUAGCAGGUUGGACACUGAGACAGUCAUUAGCAGAACCAGUUCUGACAUGACUACUGGGCUGCCGCCAAUGGGUAGAUCACGGAGCAAAGCUUCAUUCCUCGAUCUGCGGAGGCCUUCCAUGUCUUCACUUGAUAGUGAAAGGUUGAAAAUUGACAGUGAAGUUGGUUGGCUGAGAGAAAGGUUAAGGAUUGUGCAAGAGGGAAGAGAAAAGCUCAACUUCUCUGUGGAGCAUCGGGAAAGGGAAAAAAUUCAGUUGCAACUUUUGGAGGAUAUAGCACGCCAGCUUCGAGAGAUUCGGCUGCUAACAGAACCGGGAAAGGCUGUGCGUCAGGCUUCUUUGCCCCUGCCAUCCUCAAAGGUUCUUUCAAAGAAAAGGCGCUAUCGAAGUGCAUCUAUAGGAGUUAAUAAAAGCUCUUAAGGUUUCUUGCCGAGUCUUAUCUUGGCGUAAGCCGUGUCAAUUUUCUAGAAGUUUCACUCGGUGCCUGGUUUCUGAAGUCAUCUAGGGGAUCCAGUGAAGGGAAAGCUCACAAUGUUUUCCAUCACUGAAACCUGUAAGAGCUGCUGGCUGAUAAUCAUUUGCCGGAGAUGGUAUGUUCAUGAUACAAGUGAGUAGGAGGUACAGUGGUAACUAGUCUCCCUCUUAAUAGGUCUAGGGAUUCUAAUAUUUUUAUGUUGUAUAACCUUGUAGUUGCCACGUCAGUAGUUGUUGAUAAUAGAUCCCCUCCUAUUCACUUCUCGUUUUGCUUUUCAUUCUGUUAUUUGGAUUAAUCAGUUCAAUAAAGCUAGUAAACAAUGUAAAUUGUAUGUUUUCGAUUUUCUUAUAGGUAGUUAGUGUACUUUUUCUUCAUUUUUCUUUUUUUCAUAACCUGUUGCUAGCACAGGUUUUUGAUGAAUAUUGAUGGCAAGAAUGUAAUGGGUGGAAAAAAAAAACAAAAAAGGAGUUUAUCAUUUAUAUUUCAUUAAUAAUGUGAAAUCAAUAUUAUCAGAAA